AUGGAUUACGUGCUGAAAAUAUCCCAAUCUUGUCUCCGAUCUUCCGCAAUCAAAUUAAGAUAUGCAUCCACAGAGCAAAACCCAGAAGAAGGUCGUUCUUUUAAAGGGCAACUUUACGAAAGUACUCAGGCGCGAUUAAUAAAAGAGCGCGCAGAGAGGGAACAAUACUCUAAGAAUAGAAAUGAAAGUUCUGGAGGAAGGAAUUCGGCUUUAACAUUCGUUAUUGUGUCAGUAGCUAUAGGAGGGUACUACUUCGGCUCGUUCAGGAAUCCCGGUGUGCCUACGACUUCAACUACUCCUCUUUCGACCACAAAACCUCUCCGACACAAUAUAGGCCGUUCAAAUCUCGAAUCUGCGUGGGCGGAUUUUAUCGAGAUAGUGGGCAAGGAAAAUGUUUCUACUAUCGAAUCAGAUCUUGAGAGCCAUUCAGGUAGCGAAUGGUCCUCUCAUCUGAGAAAGGCAAACGAGGUACCAUUUAUGGUAGUUUCCCCAUUAUCAACUGAGGAUGUUAGUGAGAUCAUGAAGAUUUGCCAUAGGAGGAAGAUACCCGUUACUGGAUACAGUGGAGGUACGAGUUUAGAGGGGCAUUUUGCUCCCACCCGAGGUGGUGUUUGCAUAGACUUUGGAAGGAUGAACAAUAUUUUGAAGCUACAUAAGGAUGAUAUGGACGUUGUUGUUCAGCCGGCGGUAGGAUGGGAAUUUCUCAAUGAAGAGCUGGCAAAGGAUAAUCUAUUCUUUCCACCAGAUCCAGGUCCAGGUGCCAUGAUUGGAGGAAUGGUGGGAACAGGAUGCAGUGGAACAAAUGCAUACAGGUAUGGUACUAUGAGGGAAUGGGUAAUGAAUUUGACUGUCGUCCUGGCAGAUGGUACGAUUAUCAAGACGAGGCAAAGGCCGAGAAAGAGUAGUGCAGGGUAUGAUUUGACUAAGAUGUUUAUUGGGAGUGAGGGAACACUCGGGCUAGUAACUGAGGCUACAUUGAAGAUCACUACAAAGCCAAAUACUACCAGUGUAGCAGUAUGCAGUUUCGGAAGCAUCAAACAAGCCGCCGAUUGUGUCGGAAAGGUUGUUACCGAGGGCGUACCAAUUGCCGCCAUCGAGAUCUUGGAUGAUAAUCAAAUGCUGAGCAUCAAUAAGUCGGGCAUGACAACCAAAACAUGGCUCGAAGCCCCCACACUCUUCUUCAAAUUUGCCGGCACACCUAAUGCUGUAAAAGAGCAGAUUAGCAUCGUUCAGAAGUUAGCAAAAGCAACUGGAAGUAAGACUUUCGAAUUUGCUAAGAAUGCAGAAGAACAGGUUGAACUAUGGAGUGCAAGGAAAGAAGCUUUGUGGUCUGUGAUGGCCAUGCGGGAAAAGGACGGUGAUCAUGUAUGGACUUCAGAUGUAGCUGUACCGAUAAGUCGAUUACCGGAAAUCAUUGAAGAGACGAAAUUGGACUUGGCUAAGAGUGGAAUGUUUGCUUCUAUUGUGGGACAUGUUGGAGAUGGUAACUUUCACGCUAUUAUCCUUUACAAUGAUACCCAAAGACAAACCGCAGAAGAAGUCAUCCACAGAAUGACCAAGAGAGCCGUGGAAAUGGAGGGCACUGUGACUGGUGAGCACGGAGUUGGAUUGAUCAAGAGAGACUACUUGAACCAUGAGUUGGGCGAGACCACAGUUGAUGCUAUGAGAAGAUUGAAAUUCGCAUUCGAUCCAUUGUGCUUGUUGAAUCCAGAUAAGGUUGUGAGAGUCGAGAAACCUAAGCCGGGGGAGGUCUCGGAAUGGUGA